CGGCUCUUGCUUCGUCAUUUCGCGCUAUGUAAAUGUGAUCUUUUAUUUAUUUACUUUUCCAUUGCUGUAAAAUGCUUUCAACUGCAAACAAACUCUGAGGCACUUCUUCAAAGGGCCCACUUCUUUUUUUACAUUACCUUUAUUAUUCAUCUUUUUCUCUUUUACUGAAAAAUAGCAAUUUUUUUUAACAUGUCUUAAAUGUUAACAGCUGAAACAGAAAGUUUGCAGGAACUUUUUAAUUGCCAUAAAAGGUUUCAGAGAUCGGAUUGUAUAAUUUCAGGGUCAAAAAGGAAUCUCUAUGCUUAACUAGAACACUGUGUAAAUACUGACAGUCAUGUCAACAAAGCAGGGAAGAAAACGACUGCUUAAAUUACCAUGCCCGACUCUGCUCUGUUGUGCCCGACUAUGGUCCUUGUCAUAUGUUUCAGCUUCGGAUCAAAAAGUAAACGGGAGAGAUCUAUCGAAGCAGAAACACGAGGAAGCUCUGGAAGCUUUUAGAUCAACAAGGGACCCAAUAGUUGUGGAAAUCACCCAAAGACCGACGAAGUCGGCAGUUCAUUCAGCCCCCAAGAUCGGCAUGGAAGCCGAGUCUGCAACAUCAACAUCAUCAUCAUUCGUCUACUGCGACAGUUGUACGCAGACGGAGUGGACCGGAGGUUGGGAAUCUUCCCCUAUUGGUCUGUUCCCUUUCAGUCAAAAUAACUUAAUGCAGGCUUCUGGAAUCCUUUUUGGGAACGACGAGGACAUGGAACAUCACUAUGAGACUCUGGAAGAAGCUUUUGGUCAUGAAGAUGACGACGAUGAAAUAGCUUGCGAACUUGAGUAUGAGGAAGUAACCCUUCGUCGAAACCAGUGCGACGAGAAGUUAGGUUUGACUCUUUGUUAUGCUUCGCCAGAUGAUCCCGAAACAAAUAUAUUUGUAAGCGAGAUUGAACCUGAAAGCUUAGCUUCAAAAGAUGGAAGGAUCAUGGAAGGUGACCAAUUGCUUCAGGUCAAUGGAAUAGAUGUUCACAAUCGAGAACAAGCUGUCGCUCUCUUCUCUAGCAAGGAACCAGAAAUAACGCUUCUACUUUCUCGACCACGAAUGCAGGGAGAUGAUGAAGAAGACGAAGAAGAGGAGGAUCAUCUGAGGCUAGAAGACUUUUCCAAGGAAAUUUACAUGAUUCGGCAACGCCGAAAUGCAGCCGAAGCACAAGAAACAAAAUUUAAUGCUGAAAAAGAUAAGACUUCCAAAACUGAUCUUUCGAAAGAAUGGGGCUUUAUUGGUAAUCGUAUUUUACUUCCACGAAGUUCAGUUCCUAAUUCCGAAAGCAUCUGUCAACGGGACUCUUUAAAAGAAGAAGAUCGUGUUACCGAAAAGUGUGUGAGCACAAGCACUACCAGUUUGGCAGACGUCAGUCCUGAAAACUUCCCGGCGAAACGUGAUCCAUUAGAUACUGGCCAAGAGCAGUCACAAGACGAUUCCAAAUCUAUUUCACGAGUACAGUCAGAUACCAGCUUAGACAAGGAAAUGGCUGCUCUUAAUAAAGAAAUGCAAAGUAUUCAGAUAGAAUGCGAAUCACUGGUUAGUAGGCAUAUUAGGGAACAGUGGUUCAGAUGCCGAGCAGGACAUCAGUAUGUAGCAUUCGGAGAUGUGAGGACAGCGACAAUGGAACACGUUGGCCCAAUGUCAUUUUCUCCUUCUGUCAAAAAUGAGAAAGAAGCAAUGGAAUCCACUGAACCUCCUUUGCCUCCUCUGCCUUCAGAAAAAAGCCUCCUAAAGCACAAAAAGGAAAGUGUUGCUCAGUGGGUCAAAAGUGUCGCAUUUGAAAACAAGGCUAAGCAAAAGAAACAAAAUGUUGAAUCACCCGUUAAUUCUUGCUAUCCAGGCGAAACCUCUGUUCGUGGUACUCCUCUUACGCUCGAACUUUCUCCAAUACCUGAUUGUAGCAAUGGAAAGUUAGCUGAAUAUCAAGAACCAUUGAAGACUUUUUCCACAGCCCCAACGCUUGUUGACAAAAGUACGCAGCUAUGCGAAAGUGAUGUUGCUAGUGUUGUUAGUUGUGAUACGUGUCGGUACUGUCAAGUGCUCGUCCAUCAAAAAUCAAUAUCUAGGACUUCGGACCAAAAUACUCGUUACCCUCCAAAUGUUGAUUACAGCAAUCCUCAACCCCAGCAACAGUUUCAAUGGUAUAAUACUUCAAGACCUAUGAAUAGGACAACUAGUAGUGAUCCUUUCGUGGUAGAGCCCAGCAAAUUGCCAAUGAAGCCUGCCAGUGUUACAGGUAGAGAUUUCAUAGACCGUCAAAUUGAAAGAAAUAAAAAUUACGUAACUUUUUAUCCUUGUGCUACUAUGUACACCAACCAAGAAAAUUUGCAGCAUACAAUAUGGCUUCAGCAGCAACUCUUUCGACAAGCAUUAGCCCAAAAGCAUUAUAAAAAGGCAAGCACGAUUCCAACUUGCGCUCCGCUCAAUCUUAAGCAAUGGAACCAAAAGUAUCCCUCUUCUUCAUUAGAUAGUUUACCGCCUGCAAAAAAUACAAUUCAUCCAUCAUUUCUGCCCACAUCUACUGGUCUUACUCCGCAACAGCCUGAUGUUACAGUCACGAAAAGUCCUGUUAUCACACCAACUGAAGAGCCUAGUGAUGGAACAAAAAUGGAAUGGAAAGUAAAACGACGGCCAGACGGGACAAGAUACAUUACUAGGAGACCAGUGCGCAACAAAAUACUAAAAGAAAGAGCACUUCAAAUUAUGGAAGAACGUUGUGGGAUUACGACAGAUGAUGACGCUGUGAGUGAAUUGAAAAUUGGCAGGUACUGGACCAGAGAAGAACGUAAAAGGCAUUUAGAAAAAGCCCGUGACAGAAAACAGCGAAAGGAGAUAUUGAUGAAAUCGGUAAAAGUUCCCGAAGUUGGCGACAAAAAUGAAGAAGAUGAUGAUUCCAGCCAGGGAAAACGAGACGGUUUUGCUAGUACCGUUCUUUCAAAAAAGAAAGUGACUUAUUAUGGCAGCAGCCGAAGGAAACUUAGAAUUCCGUCUACGCCAUCUUCUACUAUUCUAGAUGAUUGUCCAAUCGCUGGUCCAAGUGGAACAUUUGGUAUACUCUCCGUAACUACUGUUUAAUUCAUGAAAAGUUACGUUUUAGCUAACAAGUUUGUUAACUAUAACUCUGAAAAAAUUACAAUCGGAUUUAAUGCUCUAUAGAUCUGAGAUGUUUUGAGAAAAAUUGUCGCUCUUAGCAUUAAUUUCUCGUAAAAAAUUCUGUUCCUAUUCUGCAAAGCAUCGACAACGAUCUCUAGCAGGACAUCCUGACUUCAAAAAUAUUAAACCAUCGAAUCAUGAGUCGUCUUGAACCAUAUCAUGUUUGGAAUUAUGCCUCCUUUACUAGUCACUUCUUUGGAAGAACAAAAUUUAUACCUCUUUCAAAAAUAUAUCCCGUCCUGUUAGAUAAACAUCUUGCAAAAUAUUCAUUGCAAGGUCCAUUCUGACGUCCAGUAUUGAACCAAACGCACUACAACCGAUCCAAGAGUAAAAUUACAAACGAAAAACACUUUGAGGUAAAAAGAAAACUAAAGCAAGCAAAUUUAAUUUUAGCGUAUUGUGUAUUAAACCUAAAAGAAUCAAAAAUUGUAAAUUUUAGUUUAAAUUGAUUCUAUUCCCCUCUUAUAUGCACUUACUUAAUUCUAUUUGACAAUCAUUACCAUAGACUGCAACAUCUUUUGCUAAAAUCUGAAUGAAAUUUAAUUUCGUAUAAGCAGUCUGAGAAAAUUUUAAAAAUAUAAUUUGAUUCUUGUUGUCAAAGCUGCGACAAAAUAGCUAUUUGAAAUACAAAACUGUUUCUAUAUUUCAUACAAAAUGUACUGCAUCAUGUUAACAUGAAGUAAUAAUUAAAGCAAAAUAGUGUAAGUAUCAUCAAAGAAGGUAGCUACAACUUUUCCCGCCUGCCAACACUUUCACAUAAUUUCGCCCACCUUCUCGUUAGAAUUGACUUAAUUAUGUUGUACGUCUUUUUGUUUCCAUAUAUACAAAACCUUGUAGAUUUAAAAUAAUUUAAUAAGUUUUCUUUCAGCCUUGAAACUAUAAUUUUUGAUUAAACUGUUAAAAUAAGAAACCUCCUUAACAUGGUAAAAAUGUCAAAUAAGUAAUAUUCUCUUGUUUCACAAUACAAGAGAAUAAACGGCUUCAGAUAUGGACUUAUCAUUCCCUAUGUAUGCCACUGAAACCAUCAUGUCGAAAUGUGUUUUAUUUUGUUUCUUGUCAACGAUUUUCAGCUAUUUCAAUAUAAUAAUCCAUUUGGAGCUUUCGAAAAAUAAGCAUUUUGCAAUCAAAUGUUUUAAUAUUCUUAAUAUAUUUUUCAAUGUUUCUCUGUGAAAAUGAAGGAGGUACUGUUGUUAGGUUUCUGUAUCAAUUUGUACAUAAUGUGUAUAUUUGAACGGCGAGUUGUUUAAGGAUUUUAUACCCUAUUCACGCAUUACAUUAGCACGCGACAUCAGACAAAAAAAAAAAAUGAAGAAUGUUUUCAAAAGUUAAAGCAAUGUACAAUUCUUUACAGAUUCUAAUACUGUUAAACAACUUCACGUAUUUACAUGAAGUUAGAUUGCUGUUACGUUAUGUAGUUUACUGUACUUAUGAUGUUAUUAUAUUGUCUUUAUUUUUAGAACUAUGUUUUGAACAAUACAAAUUGAAUUCCUAAAACCUCAUUUAAUGUGCACGAAAAAUUUCAAGGAAGUUAUUUGUACUCCGUGUAUUUCCAUAGUAAAAAAGAAAACAAAAGAAGUCGUAGUUUUUAUCUUCACGUGUUAAAUAGCUCUAUAUAUUUGUUAAUAUGACUGCCGUAUAAUUGGUGUACAAAUCCAAUUGCUGUUUUUAAAAUCUCCGUACUGGGUAAAUAAAAAGGAAAUGUUUUAAA